CAAGUAGAAGUAGCUGUUGUGAUUACUACUAGGCCAAAUGGCAAAACCUAAGCCAUGUAUAUGAGAAUUCUCAAAUAUUCAUGUUCAACCAAGAAGCAGUUGAGUUUAAUUAUCUUAAUCCAUGGCUAUUCAUUGCAAUUUUAAUCCAUACUUGUUCACCUGCAGACCUACUAAAUUGAUACCCUCAUCGCUUUUCCUGUCUUCAUUUGUCCGAUUCCCUGCAAUUCGACCAAAUUUUUAUGUUGAUUCAACCAAAUUCAAGCUCUCUGCCUUGGUUUCUGAUAAGAAAGAUGAUGUGGAGCCUAACGAUACCUUCAGAUUAACUUACUUGGAGGGGAAUAGCUGGUUGUGGGAAGUUGGAGGAUUGAAAAUUCUGGUUGAUCCAAUCUUAGUGGGUAACUUGGAUUUUGGAAUUCCUUGGCUAUAUGAUGCUGCUAAAAAAGUGUUGAAGAAUUUUCAGCUCGAUGACCUUCCAGUAAUCGAUUGCUUACUGAUUACACAAAGCCUCGAUGAUCAUUGUCAUCUCAAAACAUUAAACCCUCUCUCACGGAAAUUCCCAAAUUUAAGAGUUAUAGCAACUCCAAAUGCUAAAACACUACUGGAUCCUCUUUUCAGCAAUGUCAUCUACUUGGAACCUGAUCAGGAUUCUGAAAUUGAAGUGAGCGAUGGCUUCCAGGUUAAAAUUAAGGCUACUGCAGGGCCAAUUCUUGGUCCUCCUUGGAAGAGACCUGAGAAUGGGUAUAUUGUUACUUCUCCAAAAGGGCAAGAAGAUGCAGUUCAACUUGUAAAAUGCCUUUCUGCAAAGUUUGUUGUGCCGAUGAAGAAUGGUGACCUCGAUUGCAAAGGAUUUCUUGCUCGUAUUGUUCAAUCUCAAGGAACAAUUGAAUCAUUCAAACAACUUUUGUUAAAGGAACUACCAGAUGUAAAGGUACUACAACCUACUCCUGGAGAACCACUCGAUAUUUCAGUAACUGACACAGCGAAGAUGUGUUGAGAUGUCUAUUUUACUUACUAGCUGUAGUAACGUUUGAGUGUUUGUUUAUAUAUUACGCAUUCCAUAUAAGUAAGAAGUUCAAAGUUCUUAA